AUGGCAAAACUUACACUACUGGCAUGUUUAGGAGUUCUGCUUAUGUUUCAACUGGCGGCCUCCACCAAGCUGGUGUGUUACAUAACAAACUGGGCGCAGUACAGGCCGGGAGCUGGGAGGUUCACUCCUGGGAAUGUGGACCCAUUCCUCUGCACACAUGUCAUCUAUGCCCUCGCUACUAUCAAAGACAACAAGCUUACAACUAUUGAGUUGAAUGAUGAGACAAUGUACAAAAGCCUGAAUGACUUGAAAAAUGUCAACCCUCUGCUGAAGACACUGCUGUCAGUUGGAGGCCACUUCAAUAGUCUUAGUCCAUUUAUCAAAAUGGUCUCUACACCAGAAAAUCGCCAGACAUUCAUCCAAUCAGCUCUCCCCUUCUUGCGUACAUAUGGCUUUGAUGGACUGGAUCUGGCCUGGGAGUACCCUGGGCACAAUGGUAGCCCAGUGGAGGACAAGGAGAGGUUCACUGCUCUGGUUACUGAACUAAGAGAAGCCAUUGAGCAGGAGGCCACAGACAACAGGAAAGCUCCAUUGCUUUUUUCUGCCAAAGUGGGCUCUCUAAGAGAUACAAUUGACAAUGCCUAUGAAGUUCCUGAAAUUGCAAGUCAACUGGACUUUAUCAGCCUCAUGACUUAUGACUACCAUGGCUUCUGGGAGAAAGCUACAGGACAGAACAGCCCUCUUUUCAGAAGCUCAGCUGAUGUAGGAUCACUUGUUCACCGCAACAUUAAUUCCACUGUGACAUAUUGGAUUGAGAAAGGAGCUCCAGCAGAAAAGCUUCUCCUGGGUUUCCCCACGUAUGGGCGAACAUUCCACCUCACAUCCUCUAUGACAGGUCUUGGUGCUCCCUCUGACGGUCCGGCUUAUGCUGGACCUUACACCCGUGACGCUGGCUACUGGUCUUACUAUGAGGUCUGUUCCUUCACAUCAAGUGCGACCGUGGCAUGGAGUGAGGAGCAGAAGGUUCCAUAUGCCUUCCAGGGACAGUCCUGGGUGGGUUAUGACAAUGAGGAGAGCUAUUCUGCCAAGGCUUCAUGGCUCACAGCAAUGAACCUGGGAGGUGCAUCAGUCUGGACCCUGGACAUGGAUGAUUUUGGCGGAUCUUUCUGUGCAGAGGGGGCAUACCCACUUGUUAACCACUUGCGUAAUUCAUUGGGAUUCCUUCCCAAGCCAACUACUACAAAGGGUCCCACCACAACACCAGAUCCCUUUUCCUCAUUCUGCUCUGGUAAACCUGAUGGACUAUACCCCAACCCCACGGACAAGACUACUUUCUUCCAGUGUUACCUUGGUAACACCUACCUUCAACGUUGCCAGCCUGGUCUGGUCUAUGUGGAUGCCUGUAAAUGCUGCAACUGGCCAUAG